AUGUUCUGGCGAUUUGGCGGUUACGCCAACAUAUCCACCAUCGACACCAUCCUCGAGAAACCAGAUUUCACCGUCGAAGACUUGCUCGACGAAAGCGACCUGAUCCAAGAGCUCAAACAACACAACACAAAACUCAUCGAGUACCUUCGGGAGGAUAAGGUUCUCAAGACGCUGCUCGAAUAUGUCGUCGCCCCGAAAUUAGAGCCCGUCGCGACCCCCGAGGUCGAAGAGACCACCACUACCACUGACGAGACCAAGGGAAAGGCUCGGCUGCUACCCUUCUCGAGACCCCGCGCAUCCUCGCGAGCCACCGAACCCGAAAAUGAAGAGGAGGAACAAGAAAAGAAGCGCAACCGGUACGCCUACGUCGCCGCCGAGGUGCUGUCAUCCGAUACUUGGUCCAUUUACGAGGCGCUCAUGGAGAACCUUCCCUUGAUCCGCGAGUUCUGGCAAUUUCUCAAGCGCCCUACGCCGUUGGACCCUCUCCAGGCGAGCUACUUCACAAAGGUCAACGAGGCGCUGUUCGACAAGAAGACGGAAGAAAUGAUCAUCCUACUCAAGUCCCUCCCGGACGCCGUGCCAGAUCUACUGCGCCACGUGGAGUGCCCUAUGAUCAUGGACCUCCUUCUGAAGAUCAUCGCUCUGGACCGCACCGAAGGCGGUCACGGCGUCGUCGAGUGGCUGUACUCUCAAGAUGUCGUUCCCACCCUUCUCACCUGCCUAAGCCCUGACCACAGCUGGGUUGUCCAAACCGCCGCCGGCGACUUCAUUAAGGCCAUCAUUACGAUUUCAGCCAACGCGUCACAGAAUGAGCAGCAGUGCAUCGGUCCGAACGAGCUCACGCGCCAGUUGGUCUCGCAGCCGUGUGUCGAGCAGCUGAUCAAGUACAUGCUGGGAGGCGGGAAUCCGCUCACGGUUGGUGUCGGCAUCGUCAUUGAGGUCAUUAGGAAAAACAAUUCGGAUUACGACCCUGACGUAGGCUCGGAGGUGACCUCGGCCCCUUCAAGCAGAGAUCCCAUCUAUCUUGGGACACUACUACGUCUUUUCGCGCAGCACGUGCCUGACUUUGUCAACCUGAUCAUGCACGUACCUGCGCCCAAAGAGCGUCUGGGGUCGACAUUUGGCGAGAAGAUCGAGCCUUUGGGAUUUGAUCGCUUCAAGACUUGCGAGUUAAUGGCCGAACUAUUGCACUGCAGUAACAUGGGCUUGCUCAACGAGGUUGGCUCAGAGGAUGUUAUCGCGACACGCGACGCCGAGCGCCAACGCCUUAGGACGGAGGGAAAGCUAUCUCCUAACCGUGGCGAGGAAGCCCCAUCCACCGACGACCUGACCAUGCGUAUUGGACACUCAUCCCCCGAAGAGGGACGCCGGCUGGAAGUUACCAACAUCUCCGACGAUGAUGGUUUCGAGGAAGUGGAGCCGAGCCGCGAGAUGAACGAGGAUACUUCGCACGAGUUUGUCAAGGCCGAAGAAGAGAUUCCUGCUGCCGCGCCGGCAUCGUCGUUUUUGGACCGAGAUGAGGACGACUUUGUGGACGAACCCCUGAGCUCCCCCAGGCUCAACGUUGCGGACGACAAGAUCAAAGAGCAGCGAUUUGACGAUCCCGACCUGGUCGUUGCGCCACUCUCACCGAGCAAGAACAAACCCGCCCGUGUCGAGGAGACUCCUGUCGCAGCCAAGGCGGAGCCUGAGAAGCCAGCAGACGGCGAAGCCAAGACCGACACACAGGACGUUGAGGAGAAGACAGCACAAAUCACGGAGGAUUCCAAGGCAGACACCAAGGAAAACGAGGCAGAAGACUCCCCCGCCACAAAGGUUGGAGAACUGUCCUUGGAUGAGAAGCCUGACCAAAGCAGUCUCUCCGAGGAUUCCAGCCAGAAGGGUGACGAGUCGGAUUCCUCUGUGGUCUACACCCCGAGCGCUACCGAAUCAGACGCCAAGACGGAGCCUGCGGAUGCAGCUUCAGCAGCUCCGGAUGCCUCCAAAUUCUCCCCGCGUCCGGAGGACAUGCCGGCGCCUCUCUUCGCCAAGUCUGCUCCCGCUAAGAGCGAGGUUAAGGAGCUUGAGUCAGAUGGCGCGCCAGCCCCGGAAGUCCCCGUGGCUCCUUCAGCCCCAGAGGCACCUGAGGCGCCAGCACCUCCCGGAGCGGAGUCCGGUAGAGACCAGCCACCCCCGGUCCCAGAACGACCCGAUCCCAGCACCGUGAAGCCGGUAGUCGGCGAUUACCUCAAGCAGCAGUUUGUAGAAUACCGCGUUGUUCCCACGAUUCUGUCCUUUUUCUUCGCCUACCCGUGGAACAACUUUCUCCAUAAUGUGGUAUAUGAUAUCGUUCAGCAGGUCUUCAAUGGCCCAAUGGACAGGGGCUUCAACCCGACUUUGGCUGUAUCACUAUUCGAGGCCGCAGACAUCACGACGGCCAUUAUCAACGGUCAGCUCGCUAGCGACGAGUCACAGGCCAAGAUCAAGACUCGCAUGGGUUACAUGGGCCACCUAACUCUGAUCGCUGAAGAGGUGGUCAAGUUUACGGAACGACACCCACCCGAGCUGCUGUCGGAGACGGUCCUUGAGCGUGUUAUGGACCCGCGAUGGAUCAACUACGUGGAAGGAGCACUUGCGGAGACCCGCGAGCGUGAUAACGCCAUUCUCGGAGGAGUUCGCCCCGAGGUCGCCCUUGGGAACCGUGCCGGCAUGUCCGGCAACGGCCUUGCGGCCGUCGGCCUGUCUGGUCUUGGAUCAUCCUUUUCCAACUCGGGAGGAAACACCGGAUCGAGUGCCCUCGCCGAGGCCGGCCUAAACGGCAACAUGGAUCUCCAGGAGAACAGCGGCAACGGCAUCGGCCCCUUUGCCAUCAGCUCCGGUACUCUCAUGUCUGGUUUCGGCAGUUCUAGUGACGAAGAGGACGAAGGCGAAGAAGAGAACGAAGAGGAUGUCAACAAUGAGUUCCGGGCCUACACCGAUCCACUGAACAACUCGUCAUCGUCUCUUAACCCACCAUCCAUUCCACCACCUCCGCCUCCUCCGCCGCCGCUGAAUAUUCCUCCUUCCAGGGCUCGUCUCCAGCUGGCCGCUCGUCUCGCCAUGCACCAGAAGAACAAUGCCGCCGCGGCGGCGUCGCGCGGGGAAAAUGGCGAGGACGGCAACGACGGCAAGACGGAGGAGGGCGAGCAGCUCAAAGACCCCUUCGCGGACGAUGAAGAAGAUGAAGAUGCCGACAGCGACGAUGGCGGCGACGAACACCACGGCUCGGGCGCGGCGGCGGCGGUGACGGGGGCUUGGGGCGCGUCCGGCAGGGGAUCGUGGUGGCGUGGAAUGUCACGGCCGGGCGGCAGUCAACGAUUUGACGGACAGGACGACUCUGACGAAGAAGACGACGACGAUGACGAUGAGGAAUUUGGAGACUUUGCCAUGCCUGAAGUCGAGCCGGCGCCCGGAUCCGACGACCCCGACAACGUCAUCUUGAAACCACUUGCCGUGCAUCCACCUCAAGGCUCCGGCGGCAAGGCGUUCAGCGGUCUGUGGCCUUUUGGGAACAAGGAUGAGAAGGGAGACAAGGAGGGCGAGGAGACAAUUACGGGGGACGACGAGAAGCCCGUCCAGGCGGCUGUGGAGGCGGCUCGGAGGACGAGCAUCGAAGACCCCGACGAUGACGAGGAGGUUGUCGUCCAGAAGCCGUCAAGCCUCUAA